AUGCUGGCCUCUGUUGAAGUAUACCAGCCGACCGGGAAGGAGGUGCCUUUCGGUGCGGGUCGGUUCCUGCUGAGCCACCGCCUCGGCAACGGCUCCUUUGGGGACAUCUUCGAAGGCUACGAUAAACACAGCCGGCGCAUUGUGGCUGUCAAGCUGGAGCGCAAGAAGGCUCGUUAUCCACAACUUUCCUACGAAAGUAAAGUCUACCGCGUUCUCCACCAGCCACCGGUGGGACAGAGCGAAGUGGUGGCGCGGCCACCCCCUUCGGAAGGCUCGACCACCACCGAAAGCAACCACACCGCCCCGACCGUCAUUCAUCAGACGUGCGCGACAAACUACGAGAACGGUACGGUGUCGACGGCGUCUGUCUCACAAUUCCACCCUGUUGCGGCGCACCCGAACAUUGUGAUUGGCAUCCCUCAGAUAUACUACUUCGACAGCGAGGGCGACUACAACAUUAUGGUGAUGGAGAUGUGCGGGCCGUCGCUCGAGGACGUCUUCAACUACUGCCACCGCCGCUUUUCUCUUAAGACGGUGCUCAUGAUUGCGGACCAGCUUCUCCAUCGUAUUCAGUACUUCCACGAGAAGGGCUUCGUACACCGCGAUAUCAAGCCCGAAAACUUCGUGCUCGGGUGUCGGGCGAAGGGCCACAUUCUGUACGUCAUCGACUACGGUCUGUCAAAGCUGUACUGGGAGAUGAAGAAGAACAGCCACAUCCCCUUUGCCGAGGGCCGCCCGCUGACGGGCACGGCGCGGUACUGCAGCGUCAACGUGCACCGCGGCUACGAACAGAGCCGCCGCGACGACCUCGAGUCGAUUGGCUUUCUUUUCAUUUACUUCCUGCAGAGCACCCUGCCGUGGCAAGGCAUCCAGGCAAAGGACCAGCAGCUCAAGACGAUCAAGAUCGGCGAGAAGAAGAUUUCGACGCCGCUGGAGGAGCUCUGCAAAGGGCUGCCAAAGGAGUUUCUCAAGUACUGCCAGUACUGCCGCGCGCUCACCUUUACGCAGAAGCCCGAUUACGAGUACCUGCGCCGCCUCUUUCGCGGGCUGGGCAAACGGUUGGGCUUCACGCUGCCCUCCUUCACCGACUUCUCCAAUUCGGUACGCGGUGCGGCGGAGCCGUCGAACCCCUUCUCCGCCAGCCAUCGCAUGUCCAUGCCGGACGACUCGGUGGUCGCAUCGCACAUGCCCAGCACCAUGAGUGUGGACACUGGGAGUAAGGCCAGCCACGUGGACCGCUCACCCCGCACCGUGGCGGCGCAGCUCCUGACGCAGUCCGACGAUGCCGACCCCCUCCUCGGCCCCUAUGACUGGGAGUUUGAUUGGAUCAGCAAGCGGCAGAUGGAGGUGCGGGAGGGGAUGGACGAGCAGCGGCGGAAGCACCGCGUACAGACCCAGCAGAGUUUAUCGAGCAUGCGUCCCGCUGAUGUAGGUCUGAAGACCAGCGAGCUGAAGUCGGAGGACGUGUCGGAUCCCGAUAUGUUCAGCCCCCUUGAGAAGAUCAGCGACAGGGGGAGCAAGCGGCCACUUUUCCGGGGAACGGCGACAGGGACGGAAACAGGCCUGCACAUCAUGGCGAGUGGCUCCUACUGA